UUUCUUCUUUCUUUCUAAUGAUGCGUUUGGCUUUGUUGGCUACCCUUUGCAGCGUCAUCGCAGCUGUUGCCAUUGUCGUUGCGGCUGCCCCUGCGUCGCCCGUCUCCCCUGCUGCGCCGUCUGCCUCUGCGUCUGCCUUUGCAUCUGCCUCUGCCUCAGCGCCCGACGCAGCCACCCCGCAGUACCUCAUCGGUGCUGGCAUCUAUGACAUCACCGGUCCGAUCGUCGACGUCAACUUUAUGGGCUAUGCGGCCCCGGCUCAGACUGGCCGCGGCUUGCACUUCCGCCAGUAUGCGCGCACGCUCAUUGUGCAAGACCCGACGACUGGAAAGCGCGUCAUUUACGUGAGCGCUGAUGCGUGCAUGGCCACCCAGAUUAUGCGUCUGCAAGUGUCGCAAAAGCUCGCUGCUGUGCUGCCCGACUACGAGGAGGCCAGCUUGUGCAUUUCGGGCAUCCACACCCACUCGACCCCUGCCGGCUUCUUCCAGUACGUGCUCUUCCAAAUCACCUCGCUGGGCUUUGUCAAGGAAACGCUCGAUGCGUACGUUGACGGCAUUGUUGCGUCGAUCGUCCAGGCGCACGGCAACCUGCAGCCCGGCAACCUGUUUGUCAACCAGGGCGAGCUGGUCGGUGCCAACAUCAACCGCAGCCCCUCGGCAUACUUGAACAACCCCGCCGCCGAGCGCGCCAAGUACCAGUACGACACCGACACCAACAUGGUCCUGCUGAAGGCUGUCGACGCCAACAACAACGACCUCGCCAUGUUCAACUGGUUUGCCGUCCACUGCACCUCGAUGAACAACACCAACCGUCUUGUCAGCGGCGACAACAAGGGCCACGCCUCGUACCUGUUCGAAAAGCAAAUGAACGGCAAGGCGACGCUGCCUGGCAAGGGCAAGUUUGUGGCUGCCUUUGCCCAGACCAACUCUGGCGACGUCUCCCCCAACACUGCUGGCGCGUUCUGCAUUUCUGGCAAGGACGCCGGCAAGCCCUGCGACUUUUACACCUCCCUGUGCGACGGCCGCAGCGAGCCGUGCGUCGGCUUUGGCCCUGGCAAGGACAUGACGGACUCGACCCGCAUCAUUGCCGAAAAGCAGCUGGCCACCGCUCAGGCGCUCUACGCCAACGCCUCGACGCUGGUGCAAGGCGCCAUCGACUACCGUCACGUGUACUUGGACAUUACCAACCUCACCGUCAACUACAACAACCGCUCUGGCCAGACCUGCCCUCCCGCCAUGGGCUACGCCUUUGCCGCCGGCACCACUGACGGCGCCGGUGCCUUCAACUUUUACCAGGGCGAAAACUCGUCCAACCCCUUCUGGAAUGUGGUGAGCGGCUUCCUCUCCAAGCCGAGCUCGGAGCAGAUUGCCUGCCACGCACCCAAGCCCAUCCUGCUCAACACUGGCUACCUGAACAAGCCGUACGCGUGGCAAGCUUCAAUUGUCGACCUGCAGAUUCUGCGCGUCGGCCAGAUUUUCAUUGUUGCCAUCCCCUCCGAGUUUACCACCAUGGCUGGCCGUCGUCUCCGCGAUGCCGUCAAGCAAGCGCUCAUCGAAGAAGGCGCCAUCGAUCAAAACGGUGUUGUCCUCAUCUCCGGUCUGAGCAACACUUAUUCUGACUAUGUCACUACCUUUGAAGAGUACCAAGUGCAGCGCUACGAGGGUGGCAGCACAGCGUACGGCCCGCUGACACACGACGGAUACCUGCAAGAGUUUACCAAGAUUGCUCGCGCGAUGGCUCGCAACCAGCCGCUGCCCCCAGGCCCCAACCCCCCGGACAUGGACGACAGCGCCCAGUUCUCGUUCUUGCCGCCCGUGAUUGAAGACGCCGUGCCGCUGGGCAAGAAGUUUGGCGAUGUGGUGACUGAGCCUGCUGCUUCGUACAGCGUCGGCGCCUCGGUUCAGGCUGUCUUUUGGUCUGGCUGCCCUCGCAACGACCUGUACACCAACGAGUCGUACCUCACUGUCGAGCAACAGCAAGCCGAUGGCUCCUUUGCCGUCGUGCUGACGGACGCUGACUGGGAUACUGUUCUCGAGUGGAAGCGAACCUUCACCGAGAGCCCCGAGUCGCACGCCACGGUCGUCUGGAACAUUGCUGCAGGCACCGCCCCCGGUGUCUACCGCAUUCGCCAUUUCGGCGCACACAAGAACAUUCUCGAGCUGGGCAAGAUUACCCGCUACUCGGGCACCUCGCGCACCUUUGUUGUGACUGCUUGAAAUGCCCAAUGCUGUUGACUGCAUUCAUUCCAGCCGCGGGGCUGUGUAGAUCACAAAAAAAUACAGCCACUUGAUUUCGAUCAA